CCGCAACGCGUACCAUACCAUUUCUCUGCGGUAUAAAAUACUUAAAUUUGUUUCUGUGGAAGUGAACAUAUUAUUAGUGAAACUUUUUGAAGUAUUUACAAAGUUUUAUUCAUUACAGCACAAGUGAUAUAAUCUUAAAUGAAAUUAUAAGGUCAAGAAAAACAUUUCAUAAAAGUCAAAACAAACUAUUUUGGCCAAUUACAACACUUCGAUCUGUCAGCUGUAAGCAGCGCGUCAUCGCUUCUCAUUGGUCAUUAUUUGCGUCUCUGUCGCGCCGCUCCGACCUUAUAAAUAUCAGCGCGAACUCGCGCCGGACCUCUUUUCCACAGUGUUAAUUCAGGGGGUUUUAGUCGGGUUAUUUUGUGAGCUAACUCUUAUUCAGAAUGCCGGAAACUUCAAAAAUGAAUGGAUAUACAAAAACUAACGGACACAGUUAUGAUAUGGAAGAUGGAUCAGUGUUUCUUUUCACCUCCGAAUCGGUUGGUGAGGGUCAUCCAGAUAAAAUGUGCGAUCAAAUAAGUGACGCGAUUCUUGACGCGCAUUUAAGACAAGAUCCGGACGCAAAAGUAGCAUGCGAAACUGUGACAAAAACUGGGAUGGUCUUGCUGUGCGGCGAAAUCACCUCUAAAGCCAAUGUAGACUAUCAGAAGGUAGUCAGAGAAACCGUCAAACACAUUGGCUACGAUGACUCAUCUAAAGGCUUUGAUUACAAGACAUGCAGCGUAAUGUUGGCGCUUGACCAGCAGUCUCCGAACAUUGCUGCAGGAGUGCAUGAGAACAGAAAUGACGAAGAAGUAGGAGCUGGUGAUCAGGGCCUAAUGUUUGGCUAUGCGACAGAUGAAACUGAAGAAUGCAUGCCACUGACAGUGGUCCUCGCACACAGACUAAACCAGAAGAUUGCAGACUUGAGGCGAAACGGGGAGUUCUGGUGGGCUCGCCCGGACUCCAAAACUCAGGUGACCUGCGAGUAUAUCUUCGCUGGCGGCGCGACAGUUCCACAGAGGGUCCACACUGUCGUCGUUUCUCUGCAGCACUCUGAAAAGAUAACUCUGGAGACGCUGCGAGAGGAAAUCAGGGAGAAAGUCAUCAAGGAAGUGAUCCCCGCCCAGUACCUCGAUGAGAGAACCGUCGUGCACAUCAACCCCUGCGGACUCUUCAUCAUCGGAGGACCACAGUCUGACGCUGGCCUGACGGGUCGUAAGAUCAUCGUGGACACGUACGGCGGGUGGGGCGCGCACGGCGGCGGCGCGUUCUCCGGCAAGGACUUCACGAAGGUGGACCGCUCCGCCGCCUACGCCGCGCGCUGGGUCGCCAAGUCGCUCGUCAAGGCUGGCCUCUGCCGCCGCUGCAUGGUGCAGGUUGCAUACGCCAUCGGCGUGGCCGAGCCGCUGUCCAUCACGGUGUUCGACUACGGCACGUCGCACAAGACACAGCAGGAGCUGCUUCGCAUCGUGCAGAAGAACUUCGAUCUGCGGCCCGGCAAAAUCGUCAAGGAGCUAAACCUCAGAGCGCCGAUAUACCAGAAGACCAGCACCUACGGGCACUUCGGCCGAGAGGGCUUCCCGUGGGAGAAUCCCAAGCCGCUUGUCGUAGAAUGACUUCAGACCUGAGCUCUAGAACAUUGUACAUAUUCCACCAUAUAACACUUAAUCUACGUGUGUCUUAGCGAGGGCGCCGAGUAUCGCUCAUGUCUCUCUAUAGAGGUUUAUGUUUCGCGACUUUAAUCUCGCCUGUGGAACCCGCGUUCCAACGGCGACGUUACACUCGCCGGAUUCAGUGUAAUUAUUAAGUAUUCAUUAGAUUAGACACAUUAGACACGUAGGUUUAACACGGUACCGUCAUAUCUGAAUUUAAGUUAGUUCAGGGGUUCGACCGGGCAGUUCUAUCGUUUAAGAUAUCAAUCUUCGCUUCGGGUUGAGGAAAUUGUGAUUUUUUUUUAAUAUGUAUGCCGUACCUAAUUGAUGAAUUAUGCCAGUGCAAACUAUGAUUUUUAAAUGUUAUUUUACUUAAAAGGUGGACUGCCUUAUAAUCUCGAAUGUUUUCAUUGUGAGCUUUAUGAUGUAAGUGCUAUGAUUGCCGGUAGAGUAGACUACUUCCCUGGAGGCGUCACAGCGGCGCGGCCGACCGAGUCGGCUCUCGCUCGCUGCAAAUACAGUUCUGCGCGGAGGCGUAUUCGCCAUUUAUUAUUAAGUUAUAGCUAUUUAAUUUAAGUGUCAGUGAACUGCCGGCUAUUGAUGAAUUAUUAUUUAGCCAAUUAUUGUUGGCGCGGCGUACCGCGCAGAACGAUUUGUGUUGUGUUUCCGAAAAGGAAAGGAAAGGAGCCAUUUUGAAAGCACACCGACAAGCCCAGGGCAGUAGUGCACUGUGCAUUUACCACGUUAUGAUUAUUCCGCCGGUAGGCUUAAUUAGACGCAAUCCUAACCGUACGUUUUAUGACAUUAGAAUUUAGAAUUUUAACUAUUCGUAGGUCGGUUAGUGAGUAUUGUGGAUUAUAUACGUUUUGAUCUGUUUCGACCCGUUAAAGUUUCUAAUUGACUUACUGUGGAAUAUCGAUUUAUCAGAUUGUGAAAUUUAACUAAUAUUAAAAUUGUGUUCUCCCGGCACAUUAUCGGGAUUUGAAAA